AAUACAAAAAAUGGGAGUAGUGACCUGAGCCCGUAUGAAAAAAUAGUUAAAGGAAAUAAUAUCUUAACUGCGAAUAUAGAUGUUUGUGCUAUUUCUAGUCGCCUUUCGCCUGGAACAACUGCAUAUGUCGAUGACAGCGAUGAAUAUGCUAUCUCAACUGCGAAUGCCGAUGCUUGUGCUGUUCCUAGUGACAGUCCACCCGAAAAAAGGGCGCAUGCUGAUGACACUUCGGCCCCUAUAAGUCAACAGUGUGGUGAAGAUAACAGCGGAGAUUAUGAUAAAGAGACUCGGAACCGGACUGACAAUAUCGUCAACCCAGAACGCACAAUCAAGUCAACAAAGCAAGUUUUGUACACGUUAAGCAAUCCAACUAUAGAUAACCAUGGAGAGAACAAAGAAAACAUCGGUCUCGUAUCAGCGAACAGUAUCGGGAGGUGUCGGCAAAAUUCGACCACUUACGAGCAAGAAUUAAGGUCCCCCAAAACCCCAACUAGGUUAACAAAUAAGCCUCGCCAGAAGCCAAAUACAAAGGCUGCCUUACAAAGCACAAAUGUUAACAAUAAAAUCAAGUCUGAUCUGCCGCUCCCGACCCGCUCUAAAUCCCAAGUACCUGAGUGGCUUUCCGGUUUACCUUUGGUUGAAAUCCCAGUUGACUAUAGUCAAUCUCCUUUUCCACAGCGUCAGCGAACCGAAAACCCACCAUACCAGCAAAUCGGAUGUCCCCGAACUAAAUUCCAAGUACCCAAGUGGCUUUCUUGUUUACCUUUGGUUGAAAUCCCAGUUGAUUAUAGUCAAUCUCCUUUUCCAAAGCGUCAGCAAACCAAGAACCCACCGUACCAGCAUAUCGGAUGUCCCCGAUCGAGGGAUUGGCUGAGUUACCUCGACUUUGUUCGCCAAGCCACGAGAACCAAUUCGAAAUUACAUCUUUCCGACCGAUCUCAGCUAACUCUCGUUUCACGCCUAACAAUAUCUUAA